CAGCAGCGCAGCGCGCAAUAUUGAGGUCAGUGGGACACGUGACUGGCGCUGUUCAGUCGCUUGCUGACAGUUGCACGCUAUGCGGCUGUUAAUAAUGUAAACGGAUCCCUGUAAUAAAAUCCAGAUUCGUCGCGAUCAUGGGACAAUGUGGUGUUAUUUCUUCGAAGACGGUUUUAGUCUUCCUCAAUCUGAUUUUUUGGGCUGCAGCAGGCAUACUGUGCUACAUUGGGGCCUAUGUCUUCAUCACAUAUGAUGAUUAUGAUCAUUUCUUUGAGGAUAUCUACACCUUCAUCCCUGCAAUGGUGAUUAUUGCUGUUGGAACGCUUCUCUUUGUCAUUGGAUUUAUUGGUUGCUGUGCCACCAUCCGGGAAAGUCGCUGUGGUCUGACCACGUUUUCUGCGGUGCUGUUGCUGGUAUUUGCCACUGAGGUGGUUGUAGUGGUGCUGGGCUAUAUUUACAGAGCUAAGGUGGAGGCUGUGGUGGAUCAUUCUAUUCAAAAUUUAUAUAAUGAAUAUAAAGGCACCAACACAGACGCUCCCAGCAGGGCUAUUGACUAUGUGCAGAGGCAGCUUCACUGUUGUGGCAUUCAUAACUAUUCAGACUGGAUGAACACCCGCUGGUUUAACGAGUCCAAAAACAGCAGUGUUCCUGUGAGCUGCUGCAAACCCAGCAUCAGUAAUUGCACUGGGACAUUAACGCGUCCAGGAGACCUCUAUCCAGAGGGCUGUGAAGUUCUUGUAGUAAAGAAGCUCAAAGACAUUAUGCUGUAUGUCAUACUUGCUGCAUUGACAUUUGCUGCCAUUCAGAUGCUUGGACUGCUGUGUGCAUGUGUGGUCCUUUGCCGCAGAGGUCAUGACCCUUCGUACGAGCUGCUUGUCAACACAGGUGUAGAUGCCUGAGUAGCAUGACAUUUUGGGAAUGGCUGGUCCUCUCAGCUACGGUUCUGUAAAUCUUCAUGCUUUAACCGAGGCAAAUUGAGUUUUCUAUGCUAGUAUUAAAACCUAUGGGAUAUCUUGGGAAAAUGUAUAGCUGAUGGUCUAAAUAGCCUCAUGCUGAUUUGAUUCUGAGCAUAAUAAUGAUGGGCAGAAAACUAUAGUUUUGCUACCUGCACUUAUUUUAUUGUAAACAUUUUACACUAAUUGAUUCCAUGUGUCAUGGUAAUGUGAUAUUAUGAUUAUGUAUAAGUGGUAUUCUUGGACCAACGAAGAAGUCACUGGUUGACAUUGUCCAUAUAUUGCAUUCUUAGUAUUCCCAUUUUUACAAGCUUUUUUUUAAAAUGACGGUGAAAUAUUGCUACAAGAUUGCACUGUAUGCAUUUAAAUGUAUUUUUUAAACGCCUGUUCUCAAGAUUAAAAAUUGGUAACAUGAAAUUGUUAACUUCAGGGGAUAUCUGAAAUAACUC